ACCCACUAACCCUCAAAGGUCUUGGAGCUGCAUCAGCGCCCUCUACCAAAGUCUCCCUCUACCCUUUCCAAGCCCUCCCACCUACCCAUACAGAGUGAGACUCCGAUGUUGCGGAGUUGCCAGAGACCCUCCUCCCGAUCAUUCUCUUUCUUAGCCCCCUCCCCUUCCUCUCCAUCUCUCAAUCCUUUUAGCUCAAGAUGGUCGCCCUCCCUAGCUCUAUUCCAUCUUCUUUUCCUUCUCCUCCAGUACCUCCCUUCCACUCUUCCGACACACUCAGGCCGGGGGGUAACCUGCUGGAGUUGGCCCAAGUUCCAUUCACCUCUGCCCCGCCCCUCCACCCUCCCUAGGGCCCUGGCCUUGGAUCCUCCCCUGCCCGCCCUCUCCUCCAGUUCCCUCCUUCUCAGCUCUCUUUGCCCUUCCCCCUACCCGCCCCUGUCCACUCCAACCUGCUGGCCCCUCCCAGGCCUAAGCCCUGGCCCCGCCUCUUCCAACUUAAGACGCCCCCGAUCCCUAACUCGGCGCUGCCACUCCGGCGCCUGCUACCCGGGCGGCCGGGACUGAGGCGCUCCCCUGGCGCGCUCGGUUACCGGCGAGUUUGGGACGGCGACCUACGAGUUUGGGACGUUGGUGUGUCCGUGCAUUUGUCCGGAGAGAACUGCCAGAUCCGCGGCCCCGCGAUGGUUCUGGCCCCACUACUGCUGGGGCUGCUGCUGCUAUCCGCACUCUGGAAUGGAGGCACUGCUGAAAAGGAGGAAGAAAUCAAGCCAGAUCAGCCAUUUUCAGGGCCUUUACCAGGGAGCCUACCAGCUGACCACAGGCCAUUCUUCGCCCCUCACUCCAGUGGGGACCAGCUGUCACCAUCCCAGACUGGAAGAUCACAUCCAGCACACACAGCCACUCCCCAGAUGACCUCUGCAGCAUCAAACCUCCUGCCUCCUGUUGCAUUUAAAAACACAAUUGGACGCAUAGUACUUUCGGAACAUAAAAGUGUCAAAUUUAAUUGCUCGAUCAACAUUCCUAACGUGUAUCAAGAAACAGCUGGCAUUUCGUGGUGGAAAGAUGGAAAGGAACUGCUUGGGGCACAUCAUUCAAUCACACAGUUUUAUCCUGAUGAGGAAGGGGUAUCAAUAAUUGCAUUGUUCAGCAUAACCAGUGUGCAGCGCUCAGACAAUGGGUCGUACAUCUGUAAGAUGAAGGUGAACGAUAGAGAGGUUGUGUCUGAUCCCAUAUACGUGGAAGUCCAAGGACUCCCUUACUUUACUAAGCAGCCUGAGAGCGUGAAUGUCACCAGAAACACAGCCUUCAACCUCACCUGCCAGGCUGUGGGACCCCCUGAGCCCGUCAACAUCUUCUGGGUUCAAAAUAGCAGCCGUGUUAAUGAAAAUCCAGAAAGGUCCCCGUCUGUCCUAACUGUCGCUGGUCUGACAGAGACCGCAGUCUUCAGCUGUGAGGCCCACAACGACAAAGGACUGACGGUGUCCAAGGGUGUACAGAUCAACAUCAAAGUCAUCCCUUCCCCACCCACUGAAGUCCAUAUCCUCAACAGCACAGCGCACAGCAUCCUGGUCUCCUGGGUCCCAGGGUUUGAUGGCUACUCCCCACUUCAGAACUGCAGCAUUCAGGUCAAGGAAGCUGACCAGCUGAGUAAUGGCUCAGUCAUGGUUUUUAAUACCUCUGCUUCGCCACAUCUGUAUGAAGUCCAGCAGCUGCAAGCCCUGGCUAAUUACAGCGUCACUGUGUCCUGUCGGAAUGAGAUUGGCUGGUCUGCAGUGAGCCCUUGGAUCCUGGCCAGCACUACAGAAGGAGCUCCAGCAGUGGCGCCUCUAAACAUCACUGUGUUUCUGAACGAAUCCAGCAACAACCUGGAAAUCAGAUGGACGAAGCCUCCAAUUAAGCGGCAGGAUGGGGAACUGGUGGGCUACCGGAUAUCUCACGUGUGGGAGAGUGCGGGGACUUCCAAAGAGCUUUCUGAAGAAGUCAGCCAGAAUGGCAGCUGGGCUCAGGUUCCUGUCCAAAUGCACAAUGCCACCUGCACAGUGAGAAUCGCCGUCAUCACUAAAGGGGGCAUUGGGCCCUUCAGUGAGCCAGUGGAUGUAGCCAUUCCGGAGCACAGUAGGGUAGAUUACGCACCCUCAUCAACCCCAGCCCCUGGCAACACCGAGUCUAUGCUCAUCAUCCUGGGCUGCUUCUGCGGGUUUGUUCUCAUGGGGUUGAUUCUGUAUCUUUCUCUGGCCAUCAAAAGGAGAGUCCAGGAAACAAAGUUUGGGGGUGCAUUCUCCGAGGAGGACUCCCAAUUAGUUGUAAAUUACAGAGCAAAGAAGUCCUUCUGUCGGCGAGCCAUCGAGCUUACCUUGCAAAGCCUGGGGGUGAGCGAGGAGCUGCAAAACAAGCUAGAAGAUGUUGUGGUUGACAGAAAUCUUCUAAUUCUUGGGAAAGUUCUGGGCGAAGGAGAGUUUGGGUCUGUAAUGGAAGGAAAUCUGAAGCAGGAAGAUGGGACUUCUCAGAAGGUGGCAGUGAAGACCAUGAAGUUGGACAACUUUUCUCUACGGGAGAUCGAGGAGUUUCUCAGCGAAGCAGCGUGCAUGAAAGACUUCAAUCACCCAAACGUCAUCCGGCUUCUAGGCGUGUGUAUAGAACUGAGCUCUCAAGGCAUCCCGAAGCCCAUGGUGAUUUUACCCUUCAUGAAAUACGGAGACCUCCACACCUUCCUGCUAUAUUCCCGGAUAGAAUCAGUACCGAAGUUUUUACUGUGGACUUCAAAUAUUGUAGAUUUGGGGACCCUACGCUGGAGACAUGGCUGUCGGCCUCCUUAUGAAGUAAGCAUGGCGUUGUCCCUCCCUCUGUCCGUAGGCAGAGUGACUGGAGCCUAUGAGCAGGAGCUGUCAUCUGUGUCCAUGGCAUGCUCAAUCUGGUCCCUGUCCCUUUCCAUCAGGUCACUUCCCUAUCUAAGGUGGUAGCACCCUAGAUCCUGCAGGGCACCCACAAAGGGAAAAUAUGGGACUGACGCUCUCAGGAAUCACCCUAGAUUCAGACAGAAUUUACUGUGGGCCAAGAAUAUCCCCUGUCAUUGCUGCCAAAAAAAAUGCAGGUUGUAGGAAGACACUGGACCCAUCAGUUGAUACCUGAGCAUCCUCUAACACAGCUGCCUCUGUCCCCUUAGCUGCCACCAACAGCAGAGCUCUGGGGAAUGUAACUAAAGACAAGUGGUUUAAGCUUUUCUUUUAUGUUUCAUGCUUUGGCAAUCGUGCCUGAGAACUCUUUACUAACUCCUUGUUUAAAUUGCCUUUUUCCUGCUGCUUUCCAACAAAAUGUUGAGUUUUAUAGGACAUAUUUGAGUAUUCAGUCCAUUUUGAGUCAGUUUUUAUAGGAGGUCUGAAAUUUAGUUUAAGGUUUCUUCGGUUUAUCACCACCACCACCACCACCACCACCACCACCACCAUCAUCA